UCUGCAAUAUCAUCAUUUUCUCCGUCUCCGCCAUAGCCCAGCUGUACUCCCUGAUACCCCGCCAUCAUUAGCCUCGAACACUCAGCUAGCUGCCCCUAUUCAACGCCAUCAUGACUACCGUACACGAACCACCUCGUGGCGACGUCGUUGCCACCCUCAACUUUUACUCACCUCCCGAAGACGGUUCAAUCCCGUACAACCUCGCCGGUGACGCUCCGCCUGAUCUUCCCCCGCGUAACUUCGGCUCUGUCUCCCACGACGUCCUCAUCCAAGACGCCCGAGGCAAGGAAUCCUCCUUCACCCUAGACGAAGACGCCUUUCAAAUCCUCCAAAACCAGCCCCCUUCCGCCGAAACCGCCUUCACAGAUGACGCCUCCAUCAAAAAGAACUACUACCCCGAAGUCGAGCGCCUCCUCCUCGACACCGUCCCCGGCGCGAACAAAGUGAUCAUCUUUGACCACACAAUCCGCCGCCCCAACAGCGCCCGCCAGCCCGUCGGGCGCGUGCACAUCGACCAAACCGCCACCUCCACCUCACAACGCAUCCGGCGGCACGCGCCCUCCCCGGCGGCCGCGGAAGCCCUGCUCGCGGGGCGGUACCGCAUCAUCAACGUGUGGCGGCCGCUCAACACCAAGCCGGUCGAGGCCUCGCCGCUCGCCUUCGCGCGCUCCUCGACGCUGCGCGACAGCGACGUGGUGCCCGUGGAGCACCGGUACCCGGCGAGCGCGGGCGGGUACGUGGGCCAGACGGCGGCGAUCCGGUACGACGCGGGCCAGGAGUGGUAUUAUCUGAGUGGGAUGACCGGGGCGGAGCGGAUUCUGCUGGAGUGUUUUGAUAGUGAGGCGCUGAAGGAGGGGAGUGUGGUGAAGGGGGGGCGGGUGCCGCAUACGGCGUUUGAGGAUCCGCGGACGAGGGCCGGGGCGGAGGGGAGGGAGAGUAUCGAGGUGCGGGCGUUGGUGUUUGGGCCGUAGAUCGUUGUUGGGGGUGUGUACAUGUCAUGUUAUUGAUGAGGCUUUGGGGAUGCGAAGAAAGGAGAAUUAAUUGAGACUUGGAGAAGUCGGGUAUAAACGCAGAGCUAUGAUAGCAAAGUACCAAGUACCCUUCCUUCGUGUGCAAGAUCCGGCCCAACAC